CGCUGUCUACACAGUGAGAAAAAGAAAAGCUCCAGCACAGAGCGAGGAAGCCGGCACGCUCGGCCUGCACGCGUCUGAGCGCUCCCUCCUCCGAGUCCGUGCGUGUCCAUCUGACCCGUGGCUCUUUCCUCUCUCGUUUCGCGGCGUUCGCUCCCUCUGAACGUCCCUACAGCCCGCGCUGUGCCCGCUCGUGUGCGUCUAGUCACAGCGCUGCAUCUGCGGUAAUUAGAAGAGCUUCCGCUGAUAUAAGAGCCCGUCUACUGGCCUCGUUCGACAGGCUAUUAUGGACUCCUCACAUGCGUUCGUGGGGGACUUUGGCAUGAACAUGAAUGGCGGCGAUAACCGCUUUAUGAACCAGUUCAACUUGGGCGGCAGCUCUACCGUUAACAACGGUACCAUGAGCGGUAUGGACUUGUCCGGCGGUCUGGACUUCAGUAGCGGCAUGAAUCUCAUGACGGACUCGUCCAUGAUGCUCGGAGGCAACUCGUCCACGUCCACUGCUGGGCUCAUCGACUUUCCUGACGAGCUUAACUCGCCCACGACGUCAAGUAGCGGCCCGAGCAGCAGCAGCUUGAUGAUGGAUACAUCUGUGUCCGUGAUGACCGCUUCCUCAGCGCCGAUGAGCUCGACGACAGACGCGAUCCCAUUCCCGGCGUCACUGGCGUCCGAACCACUAACAAAUAGCGGCACUUCGUCCUCGUCAUCUGGGGGUCUGGACGUGAUGAACUUUAUGAACUCGACGACGACCAGCAGUGGCAUGAAUACUAAUGGCAACGGGAUGGGACUGGACAUGAACAUGGGCAUGAACAUGGGCAUGAAUAUGGGGAUGAACAUGGGUAUGAACAGCAUGGGAAUGGACAUGAGUGGCAACAACUUCGGUAUGAACGAUCCGAACAACAUGAUGUUCAAUAAUAUGCAGCACAUGAACAUGAUGAACCAGCAAGGAAACUACUAUAUGCCUCAGCAACAAAUGCAGCAACAGCACUACAUGCAGAUGAUGCACCAGCAGCGCCAAUUAAACCUACAACGCCAGCAGCAACAGCAGAAAGCGCUGCUCGAGCGUCAGCGACUCGCUCAGCAGCAGCAAGCUCUGAAAAAUAACGCCAAUCAGCAGACACAACAGGCAGCGCAGCAGAAACAGCAGCAGAUGCUCGUAGCAGGUCAGCUUCCGUCUCAAAUGGCAGCCCAGAGGCAGAUGAGCGGAAGCAAUCCAAGUGUAGACACCACAUCUAAUGCGAACGCAUCACGGUCGCAGCCUCAAGCUACAACUCAAAAUACUGGAACAGCGGCGAAUACUACACGACCGACGUGGCAGUCUUCGGCGGAUCAGGCGCUACGCAAGGAGAUGCUGAAUCAUAUUAUGCGCGUGCUUCAGAACCAGCGAUCCAAUGCGCCAGCUAACUGGCUGCAGAAACUGCCGGAGAUGGCGCACCGUCUUGAAGAUGAAUGUUACCGCAUUGCUAGUUCGCGUGAAGAGUAUGCGAACACUAGUACGCUCCAGUCUCGAUUGCGCAGCAUCGUGCGGAGUGCUCAGACCCACCAGCGUAGUGUUGGAGCCAAUGCAAUGAGGCAGGCUGGAGCGUCCAGUCAGGCUUCUCCAGUGAACGCCCGACCAGCGACUUCCACGCCUGGUGCAACGCCCAUCCCGUUUCCUGGUGUACAUGCCGUUGCCUCGACGUCGAACGGCAUCAGUUCGGACGUGAAGAACCUUGCCGCUCAGGCUAUUCAAAUGCCGCCGGAACUUCAGGAUCCGCCGUCUCAAUUGAACACUCCAGUUAAGGCAGAAGUGUCUCAAGCUCAAGCACUCAUGCAAUCGACACCCUCAGCACUGGACUCGGCCUUGACGGAUCGUUCGUCUAUGAGCGGUACGGGGAUCUCGCCUCUUGCUGGACAGAACGGAGUUCAAAUGACGCCGGGCUCCGGUGGUGCCAAUGCCAGUGGGAAUGCAACCGGUUCAGGACCCCAAACUGCCAGCUCUCCUGCCUCAGCUGCUCGCAACAAGUCAGCCCAGAUCAUUUGGCAGUUUAAGGCCAAGGCUCAGCAAGUAACGUCAGCACUGGACAAGAACCAGACCACGGAGUAUCACAACAAGUUGCGGCUAAUGGUCCGUGAUGACGUUAAAACCGCUGGGUCGAAGGAGGUAUUGCAGCGUCAGCAACAACGAUUGUUGUUGUUGCGUCACGCUAUGUGGUGUAAGUCACCAGAGGGCAUGUGCACAACGACGCCGAACUGUGGCGAGAUGAAGCGACUCUGGGCUCACAUGGGGGCAUGUCGACAGACCAAUGCGUGCUCGUAUGACCACUGUAUCUCAUCCAAGUACGUGCUGUCGCACUUCCAGCAAUGUGUAAACGCCAAGUGUCUCGUGUGCCAAGUUGUUCGGUACCCCGUGGAAGUCAAGGAGAAAAACGGAGCACUGAUGCUAGAUGCAGACCGGGCGUUGCAGCAGAUUAUCGCGGCAAGUCAGCGUCGACAACGCAUGCUUGCGAUGAAGAAGCAGCAGGAAAUGCAACAGCAGAUGCAGCAGCCUCAGCAAGUGCAGCAGCAGAUGCCUUUAGCUAUGCCCGCGCAUCUUCAGCAACCUCAGAACAGUGGCAACGUUGCGUCAAUGAACUUCCAGCAGCCACAGCAAAAUGUUGGACAAAUUGUGAACCAUGCCACUCCGAUGGGUAUUAAUAUGAACUCGAUGGGAAUGGCGAUGCCGAACGGAGGCAACAGCUCAGUCGCCAACACGCCUGCUGUGAGCUCGAAUGGCUUGAUGAACCAGCAAGGAAAUGUGAAGCCAGAGACUAGUGCUGCACCGACGAAUCUUGUACCAGAUGAUCAGCGACAAUUUCAGUUGAUCAAGCAGAAACUAAACGGACGAUCGUUGGAGCAGUUAACGGCGCAUUGCGUGAAGCUGGAGAAGUGGGUGGAAGAGAUUCGUGCGCGUAUGAACGCUAUUAUGAACGAGUGUCGGCAGCUGUUACACCUCUCGAACUCGACGCAGGACCCAAUGCAGAAAACGCAAUACGAGACGCAGGUACAGGAGAAACGUGUGAUGCUUAAGCAACUGGAUGUCAAGUUCAAGCAAUGCAGGAGUCAGCGGAAUAUUGUCAAGCAUGUGAUUGACGAGCGCAAUGCUGCGUCUACGAUGCCAACGCAGAAUGGCGUGACUAACGCUGUGGGUACAAUGCAGCCGAUUCCGAUGCCAGCGCAAAUGCAACAGCAAACUUCUCUCCAACAACCACAGCUACCGACUGCUCCGGCGACGAUGAAACCUUCUCCUGAUGACUUACUGGGUGAGGAGGAUGAUGUCCCUUCCAAGAGUGAUAACAGUCUUGCAGUCGCUGGAAAGCCUUUGGAGAUGCCGAUGGAUCUUCAAGACACAAGUGCGACCCCUGUCUCGGUUGCUGCGCCAUUGAACAUGUUGACAGCUCCCCAGCAACCCACUGGCAACCACGCAAUGACUGCGAUGAAUGGUCCUCGACCAGCGCUGCCGAUGGACCAUGGUCAAGGACAAGGAUAUGGCCAAAUGCAAAGCCGAAUGCUGGGAAAUGGGGGAAUGGGCAGUAUGCCACCAACUUCAGGGUCAUUUGGAGACACGGUUAAAGUAGAACCUCAGGUAAAGUCUGACACUUCGGGAACGUCUUCAGCUCAAGCUACUCCGUCGGCUGUAAAGGAGGAAGUGGCCAUCAACCCGCUGACGAUGAAUAAUCCAAAGUUGAAUGCGAUGAUGUCCGAACAUCGCCGAAUGGAUGCCAGCUCAGACUUGCAGCUUCCGGCAGGGGCAGUAGGGACACCAAAAGCAAUCAUUACGAGUGGAAGUGAUACAGGUUUGAGCGCUGCAGCGGCAGCAACACCAGCGCCGCCUGCUUCCUCAGAAGUGCCAAUGUCUGUGCUGAACGAACUGAGUAACGAGGACCUCGCUUCUCAUGUGGACUCUUUGGUAAAGUACUACAACGCCACAGUCUCUCCAGCGAAUCUGAAGAAGAAAUUGGAAGGGAUUUUGAGGGGAAUGAUGGAACACAAGUUUGGCUGGGUGUUUAACACCCCGGUGGACCCGAUAGCGCUGAAUAUCCCGAAUUACUUCAAGAUUAUUCGAAAGCCGAUGGACUUAGGAACCGUUAAAAAAAAGCUGGAAGCAGGUAUCUACAAGCAUACGGAGGAAUUCGCUCUGGAUGUUCGAACGACGUUCCAGAAUGCUAUGCAGUACAACAGCGAAGACCAGGAUGUCUACAGCCUCGCCAAGGACAUGCUGGCGGACUUCAAUAGUGAAAUGCGAAAGGUUGUGGCCGAAAUCGACGUUGAUGAAAAGGCUGCUCGUGCUAAGGAGAGCUCAUGCCGACUCUGUGGUAUCGAGCGUAUGGUAUUUGAGCCUGCCGUGCUGUACUGCAACGGCGAGUGUAACAGUCGAAUCCGACGGAACUGCUACUACUACACUUCAGCUGAUAACAAAUAUCACUGCUGCCAUCAGUGCCACGCUAACCUGCCUGAUACCAUCAAGCACAAUGAAGGACGCAACUACCAGAAGAGUGAGCUCGCGCGGAAAAAGAACGACGAAGUGCACGAAGAGCCGUGGGUGCAGUGUGACAAAUGCGAGCGUUGGGUUCACCAAAUCUGCGCUCUAUUCAACGGAAAGAUUGACAGUGAGAAGAAACCGCAGCUGGCCAAGACUGAGGGAGGCCAAUCUACUGAUAGCGGCGAUGCUACUCCGUCGCCUUCAUCGUCUACUGCAAAAUCUACCACAGUCACUACGACAGUUGUCAAGAGUUCUUCGUCAUCGGGAUCGAAGGGGACGGUCCACUCCAUCACGACCUCGCCCGGCAGUGAGUUUCUAUGUCCGGAGUGCUUACUGGAUCACCGUAAGAGCGAACCUCAAAAGUACAAGAUUGGACGUCACGCCUUCAGUGCGAAGGAUCUGCAGCGCACGAAGCUGUCAGAUUUUCUGGAGCGUCGCCUAAUCAAAUCGUUGCAAGCAGAGCGUGAGGAUGAGGCCAAAUGGACGCAACGGGACGCUAAAGAUGUGGAAACGGUGGAGGGUCUCACUGUGCGGUUGGUGUCGAACAUUGAAAAGCAGUUGAUGGUGCGCGAUAAGAUGUUCCAGCGCUACAAGGACUCGCACAAGUACACAUCCGAGCACCGCUUCAAGUCCAAGUGCAUUUGUAUGUUCCAAGAGAUUGACGGUGUGUCGGUGUUGCUUUUCGGUAUGUACGUGCACGAGUUCGACGAACAAGAAGCAGAUUGCAACUCGCGCCGCGUGUACAUCUCGUAUCUGGACUCGGUGAACUACUUCAAGCCGCCUCAUCUUCGCACAAAGGUGUACCAUGAGCUACUGAUUGCGUACUUUGACUUUGUCAAGCAGCGUGGCUUCCAUACUGCACAUCUGUGGGCCUGUCCACCGCUGAAGGGCGAUGAUUAUAUCUUGUACUGCCAUCCAGAAUCACAGAAGACGCCCAAGUCGGAUCGUUUGCGCGCAUGGUAUGUGGAUAUGCUGGUCAAGGCUGAGGAGGAGGGGGUAGUGUGGCAGAUCACCAAUAUGUACGAUGACUACUGGCGCAACGACAACACGCCGUGUGCUCUGCCGUACUUUGAGGGCGACUAUUGGGUCGGGCUGGCAGAAGACUUGAUUGAGAAGUUGGACGCCGAGAAGCCGAAAAAGAUUGUGAACAGGCGUGGCUCCAAGUCGCAAAAGCGCAAGAACUCGGAUACGAAGAAGGCAGCAAACAAAAAAUCUAAAUCGAAGAAGCCAAAGCGCCGGAAGACAGCGUCUGGUGGAGAAGUGUCUGGCAAUGAGGACGAAGACGACGAUGCACAUGAAGCCACGUCGUCGAGUAAUCGCGCGCUUACGGUGAAAUCGUUGGAUACUCCAGACAGGAAGCUUUCAGACCCUCUGAUGCAUAAGCUUGGUGAGGUGAUCGAGCCCAUGAAGGACGACUUCUUGGUGGUGAAGCUGGUACCAUGCUGUCGUGUGUGCAACACGUCUGUGGUUCAGGGCACGCUGUGGCGCGAUCACAGUGUGAAAACGGAACAUGGCCUCAAUCCGAAGGUGGUGCAGACUGCGUUGUGUGAUGGAUGCUACCAGAAGCUUAAGGUUGUAUCGGUUGGAGGGUCAUCUGCGGCUCACCACAGACUCCAGGCUCGGCUGAACGCUCUGACAAAGGAAACUGUAGCGUUGCCAGAGCGAUGCACGGACCCGGAUGAAACUAACGACAGCGAGUUUUUCGACACGCGCCAGGCAUUUUUGAGUUUGUGCCAGGGAAACCACUACCAGUUCGACGAGCUGCGGCGAGCAAAGCACUCGUCCAUGAUGGCAUUGUAUCACCUGGGCAACCCUAAUCCAAAUGCGUACGUGUACGAGUGCAACGCGUGCACGCGCGACAUCGUGACGGGCAACCGCUGGCAUUGCCACACGUGUCCGGACUUCGACGUGUGCGAUGCUUGCUACGCCAAGGAGAAACACGAACACCCGCUGGAAAUGGUGCCGACAAGUGGAGGCGGAGCCGCUGGAACGGGUGCUGGUGGUCCUGCUGGGGCUGGAGGCGCAGCUGGCACUGCAGCGCUGACUGCAGAGCAGCGCCGUCUUCGUGAACAGCGCGCCAAGAACGUUCGCUUGCACAUGCAGCUGCUGGUACACUCGAGUUCGUGUGCUGACGGCAACUGUGGCUCGUCCAACUGCGAGAAGAUGAAGGAGCUAAUGCGUCACGGAGCGCAGUGCAAGCAGCGAGCGUACGGCGGUUGCACGAUCUGUCGGCGCGUGUGGGCGCUACUGCAGCUCCACGCCCGACAGUGUCGCCAAUAUGAGUGCAAGGUGCCGCGUUGUCACGACCUGCGUGAGCACGUACGCAAACUCCAGUUACAGCAACAACUCAUGGACGAUCGUCGUCGCGCUGCAGUCACGCAGCAGUACCGGCAGAUGCAGAAUGAGCGUCAGCAGGAGCAAAAGAGCCAGGCUCAAGGCGACGAGCCAAUGCCACAGGCAUGACUGACAUGACCGGCCAGCUUAGAUGGAACCAAAGUGUCGAGUGUAGCAUAGGAUAGGGCAAACCAAUACUAAAUGUAGAUGUGUGUCAACGUGGCUUCAAAGUCUAU